UAAUCUCUGUUGCAAUAAUUUAUUCUAUGGUUGCCAAAGUGACAUUAGUUGUAUUCCAAACUCAAUUUUUUACAAUAAAGUUUAUAUUAUGGGUGACGAGCCAUCAAAUAAAAAACUUAAAGUAUCAUCAAAUAACUUUAAGCAUUAUUUUAAAAACCAGAAGAAGAAAUACUGCUUGGAGAUAGGUUCACGUGGCUUUUUAGCCACCUGCAAUUUUAAAACAAAGGAGUGUAUUAGAGAGUGUUAUAAUAUUCUAAAUCAUUAUGCAGACGAAUUAUAUGGUACUGAAGAUGGUGUAAAAUUGAAUGAGGAUGAACAAAGCGAAAAAAUUGGAGAUGAUAUUGCAGAUUGCCUACAGAAAGAAAUAUCCGUUACAAAAGAUAAGGACCAACAACAAAAAAGAUGUCGAUUUCAAGCAGUUGAUACAGGUGCUUCGAAUUGCAUAUUUAUACGUACAACAGUCGCAAAUCCGAUAGAAUUGGGUGCCCAUAUUGCUAUGGAUUUAAAAGAAAAAGGAGCUCAAAAGUGCCGUUUUUUACAACGUCUCGUUCCAAUUGAAAUCGUAUGCCGUGCAAACUUGAAAGAUAUUUUAAGCGCCGCCGGCAAGUUAUUUGAUAAGUAUUUUUUGAAAGAAAGCUGUACAUUUGCCAUAAGUUUCAAUCGACGAUUUAAUAAUUCUAUUGAUCGGGACGAGACUAUAAGGGAGCUGGCAGUAUUAAUUCAAUCUAAAAACGCUAAAAACCAAGUCGACCUGAAGUUCGCCUUAAAAACUGUUAUUGUCGAAAUCAUUAAAGGUCUUUGCUGUCUUUCAGUUAUCGAAAAUUAUUACAAGCUCAGGAAGUAUAAUUUAAUUGAGUUAACCAAAUUAUCUGAAAAUGUAAAUUCUGAAGAGCAUACCUCCAUUGACUCCAAUAACAUUAAAGAAAGUACAAAUGAAUCCGUUUCAACUGUUUGACAAUAUUAUACGUUUUUACAUAAAUGAUGUAGGUGUUAAAUAAAAAUAAAUUCAAAAGAAUAUUUUCUUAAAAAAACUUUUAUUUUU